AAUCUCCUCGUGCGUGCGUGCGUGCGUGCGGAGUGAUAUCUAGUGGUUCUUCGCAGUCUGUGUUGCAGGAAGUGCGGCGGCGGCGGCGGAGGCCUUGGUGCGCAGCUCGGAGCCCGCGGUAUCGGAGCCACUGGCGCUGGGGCGGGUGAGCGUGUGUGUGACUGGGUGUGAGCGCUGCUCCGAGCUUUUUCGUUACGCCGGCCGGGAAGUCAAAUGUUGGACGCAGCGCCGUAAGCGUUUUGGGUGACGGACAGUAAGUAACUUAGUGUUUCUGUAAAACUGAUGCUCUGAGAUGACAUCACUGUGAGACUCCCAGAAUUCCAUCUGCCUUGGAAUGGCUACAGCAAAGAAGAGUUCCACAGCAAAGGCAGGGGGUGUGCGCUUCUCUGAGGAUUCUGUCGCCCACUCCCAUGUCCACUUUGAUGGCAAACUGCAUGACUCUGUUGUCAUGGUGACCCAGGAGGCAGAUGGCAACUUCCUGGUAAAGGUGGGCUUCCUGAAGAUCCAGCACAAGUAUGAGAUCGUCUUCACGCUCCCUGAGGUGCCCGCCCUGGGACCGGAUGUGUGUCCAGCACCUGUGCCCAACCCCCACCUCUGCGUCACAGAUGUCAGGCGCACACUGGAGGGGGGUAUAAGGGUCACCUGUGAGUACAUGGCCCACCAAGAGGGGGUGCUGCAGGAGGAGAUGAUGCUCGUAAGUGAGAGCAAGGAAGACGCCUGCCUGCGAGUGAGGGUGCAGGCGCGUGUCAUGGAGCACCACCACGGAACACCGAUGCUGCUGGAAGGUGUGCGCUGUGUCGGGGUGGAGCUGGAGUAUGACUCGGAGCAGAGUGACUGGCAGGGGUUCGACUAGCCUUCACACUCCUUUUCUUGUGCUUUCUCUCUCACUCUCUCCUUCUCUCUCUUUCUCUGCCCCCCCCUUUUCUGACAAGCACACUGAUUGGCUCUCGCACAACCAAAACAGUCCCGGGAAGCACACACUUGUAUAUAAUACAAACACACCACGCUCACUGAGAUAUGAACUCCAGAUGAAUACAAGCGUGUGUAUACCAAAACAUAAAUCGAUUUUUAAAAAAGUCUGGAACUGAGGGAGGGGGAACCCUGUGACGCAGCCACUUUUCCACCACGUACAGUAUAUGCUGUAUAAAUGUGUGCAUUUGUGUAGAGAAGUGCAAGCAAAUCCAAGAAAGGAGGAUGUAAUAUUGAAUUGUAUAAUAAAUGCCUGUACAACAAUGCCACUGUGAAUGCAAUGGUAACAUGGUAAGGUGGGGCUGGUAAAAGAUUUGAUUGUAUGGAUUUUUCACCUUCUCCUUUGCAUAAGGACACUUUGGCAUGAUAAAGACAACCAAGUACUGUUAUCCUUUGUGUAACUGUGACAAUCUUUGCAAUGCAUUGUUACCUUUCAUGGUGUGUGGAAUUUUGCCAUUACUUACAUUUGCUGCAGUUUCUCCUAUUUCACCUGACGGGGACAUCUGAAUUCCCUCUUUGACACAGUUCUGCAUUUGUCUAGGACUGCCAGCCUGGGACCGUCUGCCUUUUUUGUGAAAGUUUUAGAUAACUGCUCUUCUGUUGCUCCACUGAGACGAUGACUCCGAAGAUACUUUUGUUCCCUUUAAGUGGAUCAAAAGAGCAUUCUAGUGUUCCAGAGUGGUUCCCUUUUCUUGCUUGCAUCGUCUGUGGGCAACACUAGAAUUUUGUGUGGAAUUUCGUUGUGCGCAAAACUUUGACAGCGUUAGUCCAGUGGAGCCAGCCGUUAUACUGCUCUCUUUAAAACAUAUUAAUUUCACUUUAUUCCGUGGAGGGAGUUUCCCACUGAAGCACUCAUCUUUGUGAAACCUGAAGCCUUUGAUCGAACUUGGGUGCAGCUUACAGCUCUUACUGGCCACUUUCGAUUCACCUGUGCUGCAACGACCUGAGCCGUGCACCUGUGGUCCUCCGAGCACGAGAGCACAGUGUCUCGUAGUCCCUGUUCCAAAGCAGCCUUUCUUCAUGGCCUUCAGAGCCUCCAAGUUAUGGAAGCUAACUUCACCAUGAUCCCUAGUUAAGGAUAUGUUUGUUUCCAGCAGGGUACCUGGGAGCUUUGGCAUUCAUGAGACUUUUUAGGUCUGCAUAGUUUUUGCAUACCAUUAAAAUAUAAAAAUAUCCACUUUGAUUAGUUUGGUGUUAUUUAACUAAUCACACAAUUCCACAGCUGAAUUCAUACCAAGGUAUUAAGAACAGUUAAUGAGAUGUGAGCUAAUUGAAUGUCUAAAUUAACUGAACCAUUGCACUACUGUCUGUACACAAGCUGGCUGUGACACUGCUCAGAGAUGACUCAACUGCUACUCCAAAAGUACUGAAUGUCAUCCAGCCUUACUUGGAAGAACAUCCAUCUCUCUCAAGAUUGUAUUCUUUGUGCCUGUGUUCUCCUUUUUUUUUUUUCCCUCCCCCCUCUUCUAAAUGGUUGAUUCUGUUCAGUCUGGUCAAAGAAAUGGACUAGAUGGGGUUUCACACUGUUAAAUACAGAAGUAUUGAACAGAACAUAAACAGCCUGGUAGUUUUUCUUGUCUGUAUCAUAGUGUUUCUGCCAUUUUCCUCUACAAAAUAAACCUUCAAUUGUUGU